AUGGCCCUAUGGCCUUUUCGCACACGGGGCGACAAGCGCUCUGCCGCCGCUGGAGAAGCCGCCUCUGGGCGCAAGAUCGCAAGGGCGGCCUCCGUCAGGCGGAACCGCGAUGCGAGGAGAUACAGCUUCUCGCCUAAUCGACAAGAUGCAAUCGAUGUCGACCGACUCACCCAGAACCAGAAUGAGCACUUGACGGGGGAAGAUGCGCAUGCGCACAACCCUGUCUGGCAGGACCGAGUGCCAACUUUACACCACAAGCGAAGCGGGAAUCAGCCUUCGAGGAGGAAGAGUAGCAAACGGAAGAGGCAGGACCACAACAGAGAAGCAGAGAUCAGGGCCAUGAGCGCCUUCACACCCGCACGAGCCACUACAGAAACAUUUGCCACUGGUCGCAGUUCCAAGCAUGACCACAAGAGGGCAAAGACUCUGCCGGCCAGGGCUCCUUGGGAGGGCGCCAACUCGGAUUUAUCACUGCCUAUUCCCAUGUCCAUCACGUCUCGCAUGUCCUGCGAUUCCAAUUAUUCGGCUUAUCGAGUGACCGCCCUGGACGCUCUCGCCCCUAGACCGACGCUGCGGUAUCAGGGAACGCGACUUCUCCCGUCUCGGGCUUCUGUGCCUACGCGAUCGGGCUCUCAGAGAAACAGACUUGCCGCGCUUGACGAGGAAACGCUCAAGGCGCACAAGCGCAUCGAUGAGCUGGCUGACGAGUUUGACGCCGGUGAGCUGCGAGAGCUCAUGGAGAGAGAUGCCAGAAGGCGGGAGAGGAACAGGCAGCGUGAGCGAGAAAAGGCGGAAAGGAGACUGGCACGAAAGGCAGAGAAGCAGAAGAUGGAGGAAGAGACCGCCAGAGAAAGGGGCACUCCGUCUCCGGAAAACCUUGAACGAGGCGUCAUGGGCCGAGAGGUCGGUCUUGGUAUCGAUCCACCAUCAACGGUAGUGACGUCUUCAAAACAGCGAACUUCCCCAGAGCCAAUGUCUGACGUCGAGGAGUAUGCUCCCAAAACGCCAACAAAGACACCGCAGCCUGAGCCCCUCGAGACGUUCCAUCGAGUUGAUACGGCGCCUCGCGAUCCGGAACCAACGCCCGCUCCCGCGAGACUACCAGAGAUUCCCGGAAAGCCAGACGAACGUGUCCCCACCGUACCACCUGCGAUUCUCAAACUCGAAGGCCACUUGGUACCAAAGACGUCGACAUCAGGAUCCGAGGCGAGCAGCAAGACGAACCGCAUAUCAUUCUCCACGCUGCUUCGAUGGGGAAGAAGCCGCCGCAGCUCUGGCGGGCCAUCCUCCUUUUCCAAUACCUCGCGCGAAGAGAUGUCAGCGGUCGUAGCCGCAGCUGCAGCGGCCCAAGCACAGUCACAAGCAAGGAGCACCGACUCACCUGUGUCAUCAUAUUCAGGCAAUUAUUUGUCUUCCAAGCCAGGUUCGGGCCCGCCAAAGCGAACGCGCUCCCGCUUCCGAGAGGACCUGCCGGAACUUCCGCUGUCACCUCCCAGGUCUCGCCUUCAGUCGCCUGAAGCAGACGCCUCUCUGCCUAGCGUUGCAGAGCACAAGUCUGCCAUACCUGAGCCGAUACAGAUUCCCACCAUGCGAGACGACACCCCGACAUCUGGCCAUCGAUCAAUCGACAUGCCCCAAGUCCGCGCUUCGAGAGACAAAAUGUAUGGCAGCCACUCAGCCGAGCCCCAUCUUUCCAUGUCCCUGGCAUCUGUCGAUUCGGAAGCAUCCUGGCUCUCCGGGCGGGUUGGUAGCCAGAGGAGCCAACGAUUGUCCGUACGUGACCGGAUUCGAUCCCGACAACAAGACCGAGACGCCAGACCAGACUCUCCGGGCAACAGCGCGCAUGAGGACCUCGAGAUCACGGAAGACGACUACAUGUCGCGCCUGAGCCCCGGUCCGACGGACCUGACGUUCAACAAUCGCCUGUCAGGCGAAGGUCGUCCGAGUAGCGACGGAGAAGAGAUGGUGGAUGAAGGAGAAGUUAGAUGGGGAGCCGUGGGCGCUCACCCGCAAUUUGUCUCGCAUGCACAUAACCGCGAUACGGUUCGCAGCCGCGAAGGCUUGCUCAACAUCGACUCCGGAGACGAAGAAGAUUUUGACGUUCCCAUCUCCCCUGUUUCUCCGAUUACCCCCAGCAUGGACGAAAAGGUCGAUCUCGAGCGUGCCACAAGCGUGCGGAUGGAUCGGAACCAUGCCCGUAACUUUAGCGCUGGAAGCGCGAAGCUCCUGGAGAUUCACCCGCGAGAAUCCACAGAUGGCAAGAGGAGGAGUCACGAGCAAUCCAACGGUGUGUGA